GGCUCCUCCCCAGCGCAGUGUGUCAGUGUGAGAGGCGGACAGACAGAGGGACAGAUAGAGGAGAGAGAGAGAGAGAGAGAGGUCGCCAAUGCGCUUCCACAACGCCGUGCUCUCGGAGUCAUUCUCGCUGUUUUUGAGCUUCGGUCUGAGUUUUUCUGUGUAAUUUACGCGGCGUUUCCUCCUCCCCAGGCCCGAGAGAGAGAGAGAGAGAGAGAGAGAGGGAGAAGGAGAAGGCGAAGGCGAGAGCGCGCGGCGCGUCCCCGAUGGCGGGCUGGAAGGACGGCGCGGUGCAGGAGAAGUACCGACUCGUGGUGGUGGGAGGAGGCGGCGUGGGAAAAUCCGCAUUAACCAUCCAGUUCAUUCAGGUAAACAAUCCGGCCCGGGAGAAAGCAGAACCUCCGGAAGAGGAAGUUCCUGCUGGUCCUCCAGAGGCGUGCGUGGUGUUUUGGGGAAACGCUGAGAUGAACUGUGUGAUCUGUGUAAAGAUAACUCCAGCGUCUGUAAUCUGUCCUGAUGAUGAUGAUGAUGAUGAUGAUGAUGAUGAUGUCACACAACAGAACGCUGAUGGAGCCAGCAGACAGAUUCAUUAUUGUCCGAGUCCAGGACGCUCUAUUUCCCGCUGCAGGGUUGGGGUAUUGGACACGGCGGGACAGGAAGAGUUUGGGGCUAUGAGAGAACAAUACAUGAGGACAGGAGAGGGAUUCCUACUCGUCUUCUCUGUCACUGACCGGGGCAGCUUCGAGGAAAUCUACAAAUUCCAAAGACAGAUUCUGAGGGUGAAGGACCGGGACGAGUUUCCCAUGAUCCUCGUGGGAAACAAGGCUGAUCUAGAACUGCAGAGACAGGUGAGUCAGGAGGAGGGUCAGCAACUCGCUCGGCAGCUCAAAGUCACGUACAUGGAGGCUUCAGCUAAAAUCCGCAUGAAUGUGGACCAGGCUUUCCACGAGCUUGUCCGAGUCAUCAGGAAGUUCCAGGAGCAGGAAUGCCCGCCCUCACCGGAGCCGACGCGUAAAGAGAAGGACAAGAGCGGCUGCCACUGCGUGAUCGUCUGAUUGGUCCAUCACCAUCGCCACUCAUCCAGCUGCUAUCACCAAACCCCGCCCCCUCCACCCUGCCUUCUGACAUCACAUCCCGUGUGGAUGAAUCGCUGCCUUUCUCACACGUGCAUGUCUUCAAAAGAAAAUAAACACACACACACACACACACACACACACACACACAGGAACUCUGCGUCCCAGCGAUAUCCGGCUCACGGCGGCGUCCGAGACAUCACGACUAGAAGAACCAAACGGUGACAGAGCUCUGAAGGAGUAUUUCAUCUUCACUUCACUGUCCUGACAUCACAUCACCGAUAAAGAGUAAUCUCAUAAUCUCUCAACACAACACUACACAUCGCUGUUACUAAACAUGAACGCUUUUUGUAUUCUGAAGGGUUUUGUUGCCUUAAAGUGACUAAAACAUCACGCAUAGACAACACAGGAAUGUUGAUGAAGAGGCUUUUAGCCAGCCCUGUGUUCCUGAAGCUUACUUCCUGCGUCUUGUGCCACGUUUGUCUUCUUUCUGUUCCGAUCAACUACUGUGCAUCAGAUAACGCGUUAAAACCUGAAAGUCUUCAUAAUAACAGCACGGUGUUCUCCACAGACCGAGUCCAGCUGGUGGAGAUGUGUGUGCGUGUAAUGUACGUAUACACAGGCCUUAAGCUAGCUCACGCUAACUCUGUGUGUGAUGUUCUGCUCGAUGUUCUCUCUCUCUCUCUGUCUGUCCUUCAUGCUGUCUCUCGCUCACGGUCACCUUGGGCCUGCGGUGAGAAUGUGAUGUUGAUGUGUUUCAGCGUUGGUCCUGUAAGCGAGCGUAUCUCCUCCACGUAGACGCCGCGUCCUGCUUUCAGCUCUCAGCUCGUUGUUUUUUUCUGGCUCUGUUCGGACUCUCAGGUUCUCCUCUUCUCACUCUUCUUCUUUUAUUUCCUCACUGUUCCUCGACAGAAGCGCACACCCCGGUGCCUCCACAAGGACCAUCGCUGAAGAUUUAUUAACACAAGUCAAUAAACUGGUCAUUUUUCUGGCCUUCAUUCGUUUGCAUUUAAACUCUUUGAUUUGUUUUUUGUUUUUUAACUAGGAUCAAAUUCUGGUUUUUGUGUUUUUGUUUGUUUGUUUGUUCUGUUGUUAAUCCUGAACCUGAAUCUUCACUUCCAGCGCUGUGCAAAAGUCUUACGCUGGACUUUUACACAAACUUCAUGUCUUUGUCUUCUGUGUUCGUGUGGAAGUCGUUAUUUUUUCAUUUGUUUGAUUAAACGUUAGAGUGAAGUUGUUGUAGUGGAUCGCUUUGUAGAGUGAAGUUCAGCGUGUGAUCAAAGAGAACAAACAGAAACCCGCAGAAGAACCGUGAAGGUUCUCCUAAAACCUACAGCUGAUGUUUGUAUAAAACCCGAUAAGACUCGGUGAGAACUGAAGCAGCUUUAAACUCAAAGCGAAUUCUCACCUGCUUUAGUUUCAAGUCUUCGCUGUUUCGAAUCUUCACUUUCCAGAACCUUUUUGGACUUUUGCACAGUUCUGUACGUUAACCGUGGGAGAUGUUUCAGACUCUGUGUGUUCUGGCAGUUCAGACGGAUUGAGAUUCCGUCCUCACGCGCGGCCGUGUUUAUUCCUGUCCAGGGUUCGCGUCUCCGUCUCCUCAUGUUUUUAUUUCACUCUUGUCGUCUUCCUGUUUGCGUUCACGAUGUUCUGUAUGAGGGAUUAAACUCUUCCUUUUUGUUUUCUCACACUGUAAUAUAAGAUAUUAAAAAGAAAAAAGAUGGAAGUGAUCCUCUGAACAUGAUUAAAUGUUUUUACUAUAUACUUUUAUACGUUAUUUUCUUAUCGGACUAGUUAACGAGUAUUUUUAUAUGUUUGUAAGUGAAGAUUGCUCUCGUGGGAAGAGCGCCACUGUGUGUAUUUGUAAAGGCGAGUAUUUAAUGAUCUCGGUUUAUAAUAAAUAUGAUAGAGCAGAUGAUUACGGGCGUUAACGUUAUUAGCGGCAGAACGAAGAAUUCCUACGGCGGCUUUCAGUCUGAAGCUUUAUCCUCGAGCAUGUCCCAUGAUGCACUGCAUCUGGCGGUGAAGAGCCUCGUCCUCUGGUGAUGGCGUAGAGUCUCGAGACCAAUUAGCUGAAGUCGAAGCGGCUCUCGGAUUAGCAGACAAAGGCAACGUCCGCCAGGGAAUACGAGCUUAGGAUGGAGGUAAAGGUUCCACCCCGUACACGACUCGGUCCCUUUUUGUUCUAGAACUUUCUGUGCAUCCAUAAUGUGCGUUCUUGCUCCCAUCUCCUCCCUGUACAUCUUCUCCUGGUGCUAUAAUAAUAAACUCUGUGAUUAAACCAAGCGUCUUAUAAAAUGCUUUGCCUGGAACUCAGGAGAGUAAUAUUCUCUACAGCUGCCCCGGUGUGUGAGUUCACCUGAAGAUCCGAUCUAUAAAAUCCUCUCGUCAACGAUCCACACUCGGACUCCGCGAUCAGACUGACAUCCUCAGUGAAAUAACGAACAUAAACCUGAUCCGAAGCCGUUAACACGCUUGAGUGAAUCGGAUCUGAACCCGAACACUUCCAGACGCUCCACCUCAGUCUGAACAGCAGCCGUGACUGAUUUCUGACCCUUACGUAUGUUUAUAAGGUUGGCGUGGAUGCAGCGGGCGAGCAGAUGUUUCACAACACAGAAGCGAAACUUCCAGCAUUCAUUAGAGGUUCCACUACAGUCCAGUGCAGAGACGUGUAGAUCAGCUGAUCUGAGCCAGUCACAUCCCAACCUUUAAGAUCUCGAAGCUUGUGGCCAGAAAAGUAUUCGUUAGAUAUCAGACACUCUGUGGCUUGUGGGCGGAGCCUUGCAGACCGAGACUGCCGUGUGAUGUCACAACGUGAUAUCAAUAUAAACAUGUUUAAGGAAAAAAGUCUACCUUUCUCUUUACAUUUCUCUUCUGUUUUGAUAAAAUACUGAAGGUUUUCUCUUUAUGUCGUAUAAAGGCUAACAAAACUAUUUAAUAAAUUAUGUUUUCAUAAGGUGUGUGUGUGUGUGUGUGUGUGUGUGUGUGUGUGUGUGUGUGUGGGGGGCCUUCAGUAGUUUAUUAAAGCAAAAUAAAAAUGCAUUAUUCCUGGGUUCUGUAUGUUUUUGUGAACAUCAGUGUAAAAUCCAUGUUCUUCACAGAGCGGUCUUCACAUUUAAGCAUGAAUAAAGAUCAAAGACACGA